CACCAUCUCACUGCCGCAACGCACAGGCACUAUCUCUCGUUUCUUUUGAUAGCUGUCCAAAAAAAAAAACCUGUUAGGUUUAAUGCACAAAUUGAACUUCAAAUAGUUGCUUAGGGGAGUACAAAACUUAAGCUGAGGGAUAUAACCCAUCGUGUUACAGCUGCAAUAACUUUCUUGUCUUCAAAGAUUGACCCUUCAACCAUUUUAACUUGUCAAAUCAUCUUAAGAGGGGGUCAUAAAAAUUAAAAACUUGGAUUUAUAAUCUUAAAGACCCUUUUUUAAGAACAAAUAAAGUGCAUACGCUUAUAAGUUAUAACAUUACCACACUUUUAGUUAAUUCAACUUCAUCUCCUAUAAUUAGUCAUCCAAACUCAAGACCACCAGCCUUGACAUUAGCGGCUCGGCUAGGCCCGACCUAACAAAACAUCUCAAUGUAGUAGUUCGGGUCACAUAUUACAAGUCCUACUGUCCUACAUAUAAGACUAUAAGUAGGUCCUACCUAUGCAAGAAUACUGAUCAGCAAUUGGUUAUUAAUCUCUAGUUGGAGAGACAUGAUUGGUGGUUGAAUGUCACAAUCAAUGAGUCCUUUCGAAUAAAAAACUUAAUGAUGUUGGAUUCUAAGGUACCAGACAAGGGGAGAGACGGAAGAUGCACCAAGAUGAAUGAUUGCUCCGCCUUAACCUUACCUUAAUUAAUUUAAGCAUUGGAGAUUAGUUUAACAUAAACAAUGCCCACCUUCAUCACUAAAAAACUAAUAAAUAUGAAACACCAUUUGAAUAUGUAUUAAUUCUUGGAAAAUUCUAGCAAAGUGAUUGAGAUAUUUAUGUUAAAUUAUUCUAAAAUACAAACAUUUCCCUCUCAUCUUCCAUACAAGGCAUCUGUAAUUACUUGAUCUUUGAAGUCUAACCCUUAUUCUACCAAUAGCUUCUCCCUUCCAAGAACCCUAUUAGUUCAUGAUAGUUUCUUCUUAGAAACAGCAAUUCAUCCUAGCUUAAACAAACUCGUAGGGGACUCCCACAAACUUGUGCCAUAAUUAAUUUUUUUUAAUUAAACCUUUGGGCUUUGAUACAAGAUGUUGAAGGAAAGUCAACUGGGCAACAAUUCGUGGGACUUUUAACAGACAAAAAUGGACCGGAUUCAUGGAAUAAAGGCAAGAUUUUCGGUUAUUAAGGGACGGUAGUUUGAUCACCAGAUGGGGAAACAUAAAACCAUAAGGAGAUGAUGAAAGAAUUGAAUUACCAGAAUUUACGAUUGGUUACAAGUAUUAUUAUACUCUGCAUCUUUAUAGUGAUCCAAUCAUCCUGUUCACAAGAAGAUUUUGUUAGUAUUCAGAGUUGUGCUGAUUCAAAAUUCACCGAUCCAAGCAACAAUAUAACAUGGAUCCCAGAUGAUAAAUGGUUCCCUGACAAUCAACAAUGCCAAGACAUAGUAAGACCAGUACAAAAUGGUACAGCUAAUGAUCAUGCCCGAUUCUUUAACAUGAAAUAUGGUACAAAAUGGUGUUAUGACUUGCCAACAGAAAAAGGUCAGUAUUAUCUAAUCCGCGGAACAUUUCCUUUGGAAGAUCUGAAUGCCUCCCCUACAACAACAUAUUUUGAAGUUUCAAUUGGUAUUACACCAUUAGGGCGAGUUAACUCGUCAAGUGAGGCUGUAGUUGAAGGGAUUGUAAGAGCUAAUCAUAAUUAUACCAACUUCUGUGUAUUAAAAAAACAAGGAAACCCAUAUGUCUCCAAAAUUGAAUUAAGGCCAUUAGACUCCGAUUAUGGGGUGCCUUUAAGUGUCCUCAAGCUUGUUCAUAGGAUUGAUGUCGGAAACACGGGAAGAGAAAUCAGGUACCCACAAGACCCACGUGAUCGAAUCUGGAAACCCGAUACAAAUCUGAACCAGAAUGGCAAUUCCACAUCACAAGAUACCGCCCAAAUCAUUGCUCCAAACGGUACAGAUACGCCACCGCCUAUCAAAGUACUACAAACAGCUAGAACGCAUUCAGACCGUCUAGAAUUUUAUCAUAACUUACGUCCGGGGUACAAUGACUAUAUUAUCUACCUCUAUUUUCUUGAACUUGGUGGCACGGUGCAAACUGGGCAACGGGUCUUUGAUAUAUAUAUCAAUGAUAAGAUACGAGAGACAGUUGAUGUAAUGUCUGGUGGGUCAAAUUAUAAGGCUAUUUGUAUUAACUUCACAGCAAAAGAGUUUCUUAAUUUGACCAUAAUAAAAGCUUCCAACGGAUCUCAGCUGGGUCCAAUUUGCAAUGCUUAUGAAAUUUUGCAAGUUCGGCCAUUGCUUCAAUCUACUAAUCAAGAAGAUGUGGAUGUGAUUAUGAACAUAAAAAGGGAACUGUUGUCGGAGAACCAAGACAAUGAGGUUUUAGAAAGUUGGAUGGGUGACCCCUGUCUCCCGCAUAGCUGGCAUGCCGUAAAAUGCAAGCAAUCAAAUGGGGCAAUAGUCAUAACUAAGCUGGAUCUAUCAGGUGGCAAAUUUCAAGGACCACUUGCACAGAGCAUUACUAUGUUGACUCAUCUUAUGGAGCUGAAUGUCAGCAACAAUCUCUUCACCGGCACUAUUCCCGUAUUCCCAUCUUCUUCAGUUCUCACCUCAAUGGACCUAAGAAACAACAACUUCAGGGGGAGCAUUCAAGAUUCACUUACCUCCCUUCCACAAUUGACACAGUUAUACUACGGCUGCAAUAAACAUUUCAAGAAAGAGCUUCCUACAAGUCAAAAUUCAUCCAAACUCGCUACAGACAACGGAAUGUGCAGGGGACAAAAAUCAUCACAUCCACCACACAGCAUUUUUAUAGCAGCAAUUGCAGGCGCGGCCCUUUUAGCUUCUGGGGUAUUUGCUUGCGUAAUUUGCUAUUUCAAGAAAAGAAAGAUGGUUAACAAGAGAUCAGAAGGAAAAAGACAUAUAAUGACCAAGAAUGCAAUUUAUGCAAUUCCAAGCAGCAAGGAUGAUAUAACUUUAAAGGCGAUAACUAUAGAGAGCUUUACUCUUGAACAGAUAGAAAGUGCAAUACAACAAUAUAAAACUUUAAUUGGAGAAGGGGGGUUUGGAUCUGUUUACCGUGGUACUCUGCCAGAUGGCCAAGAAGUAGCUGUAAAGGUCCGGUCAGCCACUUCAACACAGGGAACCCGUGAAUUUAACAAUGAGUUGACACUUUUAUCAGCUAUCCGGCAUGAAAACUUGGUCCCGCUUCUUGGUUAUUGCUGGGAAAAUGACCAACAAAUACUCGUUUAUCCAUUUAUGUCUAAUGGAUCCCUACAAGAUCGGCUUUAUGGUGAGGCAUCUAAAAGACGGCCACUUGACUGGCCUACCAGACUUUCAAUAGCUCUAGGCUCUGCUCGAGGUUUAACAUAUCUUCAUACAUUCUCGGGGCGUUCAGUCAUACACAGGGAUGUGAAAUCAAGUAACAUACUUCUAGACCAUAGUAUGUGUGCCAAGGUGGCAGACUUUGGCUUUUCAAAGUAUGCGCCUCAGGAAGGUGAUAGUAAUGCCUCCCUAGAAGUAAGGGGAACAGCUGGAUACUUGGAUCCAGAGUAUUAUUCAACCCAACAUUUGUCUGCCAAGAGUGAUGUCUUUAGCUAUGGGGUUGUCCUACUUGAAAUGAUAACGGGCCGGGAGCCACUAAAUAUACAUAGACCACGAAAUGAGUGGAGCUUGGUCGAAUGGGCAAAACCUUAUAUAAGGAACUCAAGAAUUGAUGAAAUAGUUGAUCCAAGCAUAAAAGGAGGAUAUCACACAGAAGCAAUGUGGAGAGUUGUGGAAGUGGCACUAGCAUGUAUUGAGCCAUUCUCAGCUUACAGACCUUCCAUGAUCGAUAUUGUCCGUGAGCUAGAGGAUGCAUUGAUCAUUGAGAAUAACGCAUCUGAAUACAUGAGAUCAAUGGACAGUUUUGGAGGAUCUAAUCGGUUUUCCAUUGAGAGACCAAUUGUUAUAUUACCUUUACCUACACCAACUCCCUCAGAACCAUCUUCUCUCAUCUCACAACCUGCCCCUCCACAACCAAGAUAAAUUUGUAGCGAAUGAAUAUAAAAAAUAUCUAGUAAAUAUGUGUAAUUUCUUGAUUUCUUUCUAUGACAACUCAAUCUCAGUUGACUCCGCUAGUAAAUUUUAUCAGAGGAUAAACUGAAGAUUUUAGCAUAGUGCCAUAAUGUCAUAUAUCAUAUGAAUCUGUACCACAUAAAUAUCAUCUACUGUACUGAUCAAGUUAUAUGAGAAGGGAAAACGUUAGAAUAUUUAUUUACUUUA